CCUAGCCCCAGCUGAACCGUAUUUCUCCAGGAGCUGGACAUCCUGUCUGUCCCCAUGGCAGGCUUCCUGUCUGCCAGCCUUGGUGUACUUGUACCUUCAGAGACCUGCACUCUGCCCAUGGCCAGCUCCAGCUGGGAGCCCCCAGUGGGGACGCCGUUCCCAUCAGGACCUUGUACCAGCUCCACUGGGACCCACACUGUGACUGGGCCUAGUGGGCAGGGCUCCAAGAACCCGCGUGUGUCCAAUGUGACAGUUCAGCUGGAGAUGAGGCCUCUCUGGGAGGAAUUCAACCAGCUGGGCACGGAGAUGAUUGUCACCAAGGCGGGCAGGAGGAUGUUCCCCACCUUCCAGGUGAAGAUCCUGGGCAUGGACACAUUGGCUGACUACGCUCUGCUCAUGGACUUCAUCCCAUUGGACGACAAGAGAUACAGGUACGCUUUCCACAGCUCGGCCUGGCUGGUGGCAGGCAAGGCGGACCCGGCCACGCCUGGCCGCGUGCACUUCCACCCUGACUCACCAGCCAAGGGUGCACAGUGGAUGCGCCAGAUCGUGUCCUUCGAUAAGCUCAAGUUGACCAACAACCUGCUGGAUGACAAUGGCCACAUCAUUCUCAACUCCAUGCACCGCUACCAGCCCCGUUUCCAUGUGGUCUUCGUGGAUCCUCGCAAGGACAGUGAACGCUAUGCCCAGGAGAACUUCAAGUCCUUCAUCUUCACAGAGACCCAGUUCACAGCAGUGACAGCAUAUCAGAACCACAGGAUCACCCAGCUGAAAAUCGCCAGCAACCCUUUUGCCAAGGGCUUUAGAGAGAAUGACCUGGACUCCUGGCCUGUGACCCCACGCCCCCUGCUUGGUGUCCCAGCUCGGAGUCGCAGCAGCCUUAGUCCUUGUCUCUUAAAGAGUGCCACAGAGAGGGAGAAAGGCCUCAACAGGGCUUCAGCUUCUACCUCCAGGACCCCUCCCCAGCUCCACCAUCACCUGCUGCCCCCAACUGAGGCUCUGCUGGCCACUGCCACCUACAGGUCCCUCACCUACCAGGGUCUGUACCCUGGAGCCCCAAGACAUCUGGGCAUCCCAAGGGCCCGCCCGGUACCAUACCCUCUCCCCAGCAUCCAGGCUAACAGGGAUGAAGGAGGCCUGCCUUUCCCCGCUGGGCUGGGAUCCCCCACCACUGUGUGCCUAAGACAUGGCCAGGACUCUCAGUAAUUGUGGAAGCCCUGUAGAAGCCAUUCUACUCGGGACCUCAUACCUGGUGUGUGAAUCAGCCCCUGCCCCACCUCGUCCAGCUCCACCUCUG